AUGAAAGAAAUUGCACGAAGCUACGUUUGGUGGCCUAACAUCGAUCGCGACAUCGAACAGACUGUUCGUCUCUGUGCUAGCUGUCAACAGACUAGACACCUUCCAGCUGUGGCACCCCUAAUGCCAUGGGUGUGGCAUAGCUCUUCGUGGCACAGAAUUCACAUCGAUUUCGCGCAGAAAAAUGGUCACGAUUUCCUGAUCGUCAUUGACGCAUACGCAAAAUGGCCAGAGAUCUUCCACAUGAGUAGCACCACCGCGAAUGCAACCAUCACGGUGCUGCAAGACUUAUUCAGCAGGUAUGGCAUCCCCUACCAACUUGUCAGUGACAAUGGACUGCAAUUCACAAGUGAGGAGUUCCAAUGGUUCCUCAAGGUGAAUGGCGUAAAACACGUAAGAGUUGCACCGUACCACGCCGCAAGUAAUGGUGCAGCAGAACGAAUGGUUCAAUCCUUCAAACGUGCUCUCAGCUCAAGCAAAUCGAGUGUUCGGAGUUUGCAACAACGUAUCGACAGUUUCCUGUUGACAUAUCGCACUACGACACAUGCAACAACCGGUCGUACUCCUGCGAGUUUGUUCCUAGGACGCGAACUGCGUACUCGUUUGUCCUUGCUACGCCCGGACGUUGAACGCAAGGUGGUCAACAUGCAGAGCAACCAAAAGUUGCACCACGACAAACAGACCCAACUCCGCGAGUUCUAUGCGGGGGAGGAUGUGUUGGUUAAGGAUUUCCGCUGCAAAGAGACUUGGUGGCUGGCCACAGUCGCAGAGCGCACAGCCCCAAAGUCUUAG